AUGCGGGCGGAGAAGAACGUCCUGGUGGUCAAGGGGGAGGGCGACAAGGCCGACUCCGAGGGCGACGACGACAAGGUCCCGACACGGUACAUCUACCGCAUCGGGCUCCCCUCCCAGGCUUUCAAGAUGGACCAGAUCAACGCGGAGAUGAAGAACGGCGUGCUCAUGGUGACCGUGCCCAAGAUCAAGGACGAGGAGCGCAAGGACGUGUUCGAGAUCAAGAUCGAGUAG